UGUAGCAUUAGUAAGUUUAAUUUCUCCUUCAAGACAACCUCAGCUACCUUCUAUCUCUCUCAAGACUCUUUCACUUGGAGAUAGAGAGAGAGAGAGAGAGAGAUGGGUUCUUGUGGAGUUAUGAAGAACAACUUCUUGUCGUUGCUUUAUUCUCAUGAUAGUUCAAGCUGGUUAUCUGCUUCCACUGCCAUUCUUCCUGUCAAGAGGCGAAAGUUUUCUGGGAUUGCGGCUGUUCAACACGACGGUAACACGAGUGAUGACAUAGGUGUUGUGAAGACCCCGAGAAGUCUCAAUUUUAGUGGCGAUAAGCCCUCAACUCCAGUAUUGGACACUAUAAACUAUCCCAUUCAUAUGAAAAAUCUCUCUCUUGAGGAACUAGAAAGAUUGUCGGACGAACUAAGGGAAGAGAUAGUGUAUACGGUGUCCAAGACAGGAGGGCAUCUAAGUUCCAGCCUCGGCGUUUCGGAGCUCACUGUUGCACUUCACCACGUUUUCAACACACCUGAGGAUAAAAUUAUAUGGGAUGUGGGUCACCAGGCGUAUCCGCACAAGAUUUUGACAGGAAGAAGGUCGAGAAUGCAUACAAUCCGACAGACGUCCGGGCUGGCGGGGUUCCCGAAAAGGGAGGAAAGCGCACACGAUGCCUUCGGAGUUGGUCACAGUUCAACUAGUAUUUCUGCUGGUCUAGGAAUGGCGGUAGCAAGAGACCUACUAGGGAAGAACAACCAUGUAAUAUCAGUGAUAGGAGACGGAGCCAUGACAGCAGGACAAGCAUACGAAGCAAUGAACAACGCAGGCUUUCUGGAUUCGAAUCUCAUCAUCGUCUUGAAUGAUAACAAACAAGUAUCGCUGCCCACAGCAACCGCCGACGGCCCUGCUCCCCCUGUCGGGGCUCUGAGCAAAGCCCUGACAAAGCUACAAGCAAGCAGGAAAUUUCGCAAACUCCGUGAAGCAGCAAAGGAGAUGACUAAGCAAAUGGGAGACCAGGCUCAUGUAAUGGCGGCUAAGGUGGACACUUAUGUAAGAGGAAUGAUGGGGAAACCUGGGGCUUGCCUGUUUGAGGAACUUGGGAUCUACUACAUUGGUCCCGUAGACGGCCAUAGUAUAGAAGAUCUUGUCUAUAUAUUUAAGAAAGUUAAGGAGAUGCCGGCUCCAGGGCCGGUCCUGAUUCAUGUAAUAACGGAAAAGGGCAGAGGAUAUCCUCCAGCCGAAGUUGCUGCAGACAAAAUGCAUGGUGUGGUGAAAUUUGAUCCUAAAACUGGAAAACAGAUCAAGUCUAAACCGAAGACGUUGUCAUAUACACAAUACUUUGCCGAUUCUUUAAUAGCUGAAGCAGAGCAGGAUGAAAAGAUAAUAGCUAUCCAUGCUGCUAUGGGAGGCGGCACUGGCCUUAACAUUUUCCAAAAACGUUUUCCUCACCGAUGUUUUGAUGUUGGGAUUGCGGAGCAACACGCCGUCACGUUUGCUGCUGGUCUAGCAACUGAAGGCCUCAAGCCUUUCUGUGCUAUUUACUCGUCAUUUCUGCAGAGGGGUUAUGAUCAGGUUGUUCAUGAUGUGGACCUUCAAAAACUUCCUGUGAGAUUUGUUAUGGACAGGGCAGGACUGGUCGGUGCAGAUGGUCCGACCCAUUGCGGAGCGUUUGACACAACAUACAUGGCUUGUUUGCCAAAUAUGGUGGUCAUGGCUCCAUCAGAUGAGGCGGAGCUCAUGCACAUGAUCGCAACAGCUGCAACGAUUGAUGAUCGGCCUAGUUGCAUCAGAUACCCUAGAGGAAACGGCGUUGGCGCUGUUCUCCCGCCAGGCAAUAAAGGAACUCCUCUGGAGAUUGGAAAGGGCAAGGUGUUAAGGGCAGGAAAUAGAGUGGCCAUUUUAGGUUUUGGAACAAUAACUCAAAACUGUUUAGCAGCAGCCGAGCUUCUUCAACAUCAUGGCAUAUAUGUCACUGUGGCCGAUGCAAGAUUCUGCAAGCCUCUCGACGGAGACCUGAUCAAGCAGUUGGCUCAAGAGCAUGAGGUUCUAAUUACUGUUGAAGAAGGAUCCAUUGGAGGAUUCAGUACCCAUGUUUCUCAUUUCUUAUGCUUGAAUGGGCUGCUAGACGGAAACCUUAAGUGGAGGCCGAUGACGCUCCCUGACAGAUAUAUCGACCACGGGGCUCAAAGUGACCAGAUUGAUGAAGCUGGGCUCAGCCCAAAGCACAUUGCGGGCACUGUUUUGUCACUAAUUGGCGAGGGAAAGGACAGUUUCUAGUUGCUGAACCUGUAAUAAUUACCUGGAUGGAACUAAGAGGAUAGUCUCCACAGGGACUCUCGUUUUAUACAUCUUGUACAUAUGGAGAUAGGUUGGUCAUGAGAAGACCAAAUCCAUGAGGGGAAGUUUGUCUUGAUUUACUUUCCUGAAAGAAGAAAUAAGAGAAAUAGAUCAUGUAAUAAUUUAUAGUUUUAUUCGGUGGAAAACGUUGUGAUAUAUUGUUCUGCAGAAAGAAAGUUGUCUUGAUUCUUGAAUUUGGGUUAUGUAAGUGGGAAGAAUAAUCAUAUCCAUUUUUUUUAUA